GACACCAGAUGUAAUAACGGAGGUCGGUGUUUAUCUCAGGGAACACAGGCUCGUUGUGAAUGUCCACAAGGAUUUAGUGGCCUCUACUGUGAUACCGAUACUAGACAAGCGGAUCCAUGCCUGAACUACAGAUGUAGCAAUGGCGGUCAGUGCUACAUCCAGGGAGUACAGCCAUACUGUCAAUGCCCUCGUGGUUAUAUGGGCCCACGAUGUGAAAACACAUCAG